AUGAGCAGUGUGAAGCGACUGCGGCCCCGUCUCAACUCCAUCCUGUUUAAGCUGCAGUUUGAUGAACAGGUCAACAACCUCCGUCCAGACAUCAUGGCUGUCAACGCAGCCUGCGAAGAGGUGAUGAAGAGCAGGGGGUUCAGCCGUCUGCUGGAGCUGGUUCUACUGCUGGGAAACUACAUGAACGCAGGCUCCCGCAACGCACAGAGCUACGGCUUUGACCUCAGUUCCCUCUGCAAGCUGAAAGACACAAAGUCAGCUGACCAGAAGUCAACGUUACUCCACUUCCUGGCUGCAGUGUGUGAGGAGGAGUUCCCAGAGGUCACCAAGUUCUCAGACGACCUGCAGCACGUUGACAGAGCCAGCCGAGACUGA